GGUAGAAAAUGGACGAAACACUUGGUGAUGUAGUCGCUAGAAAAUGUAUUGAGAAAUACAACAGUUUGGCACGUAAAGGGAAACCACACAGAGGAAAGGAAUGGACAACUUUAGCAGGAAUAGUGCAAGUAGAAAAGUCGUUUAGAUCUGCUGCAGUUUCACCUUCUUUGUCGACUCCGUGGCCAAAUCGAUUUUUGCAAGAAUGCAGUUGCUGUGUCGUUGCACUGGGCACAGGCACAAAAUGCUUGGGCAUUACUAAAAUGAGCAAGACAGGAAGUGUUCUUAAUGAUAGCCAUGCUGAAGUGAUUGCUCGUCGUGCAUUUAUAAGAUACCUCUACAACGAAAUAGAACAAUGUUUCGAUGGGAAGGAGUCUGUUUUCAUUUAUGGUUGUGGAAAGUUGAAAUUGAAACCAGCCAUUUCAUUUCAUUUUUUUACAAGUCAGCCUCCAUGUGGAGAUGCAGCUAUAUUCAAUAAAACAGGCGCUUUAGAUCAUAACAGCAAAGGCAAAGAACAACAAAGUGAGGCCGCUAUGGAACUAUUUAGUUGUCGAAAUUUAUCAUCCGCCACUACUGUUUCAGCAAAAUGUCCGAAGUUGGAUGAUGACAGUGACAUUUAUCGAACUGGUGCCAAGUGUGUUCCUGGAGAAGUCAGUGACCCACAUGGAGCUGGUGUGCGUUACCAUGUGACUGGCAGUCUGAGAUCAAAACCGGGACGAGGAGAACAGACUUUGAGCAUGUCAUGUAGUGACAAAAUGGCACGUUGGAACAUACUGGGGAUUCAAGGGGCAUUGCUCAGCCACCUUUUGUCUCAUCCAGUGUACUUAGAAUCAGUGACUGUUGGGGCUGGUCCUUGUGAUUUGUCAGCUUUAGAGAGAGCCAUAGUGACAAGAGUGGCCACAGUUUCUGAUCUCUUGGAGCCAUUUGUUUGCCAUAAGCCAAUGCUUUUUCACUCUACUGUGACAUUUAAUGACAGCAAAGAUACUGGUUUAUCAAACAGUCAUUGUGAAAACAAAAUUGUGCCAUGCAAUACAGCUAUCAUUUGGUGUAACACAGACAGUGGUGGUCAUGAAGUUUCAGUGAAUGGACAAAAGCAAGGAACAACACUAAAAACCAGAGAAUCCAUCAAAAGCAGGUGUUCAAUAUGUAAAGCAGAAUUGUUCAAGAAGUUCAAGGAAGUGCUUGUCAAAUUCAAUCAUCCAACAAAACAAAUAAUGAUGAAAGCAGCAACUUACAGGGAGAUCAAAAAAUGCAACACAUCAUACAACCAUGUCCGACAACAGCUGCUGACUGUAUUUCAAUCAUGGAUAAUAAAUCCUACAGAGUAUGAAGGUUUUAGCUGACUAGCAG